AUGCAGUGGGACAGGUUGAAGCACGAGGAGUUUCUGCAGGGCUACUACGUGGACUACUGUGUGGCAGGGACUAACCUGUGGAAGCCGUGCAACCACAAGUCCAUCGAAUACAAUAGGUUCAUGGUGCACGGCCUGACCAUGGGUGAGCAGUACCUCUUCUGCAUCACAGCUGUCAAUGCAGUGGGCAUGAGGGAGAACUCCCAGGAAUCCGAGGUCAUCAAGGUCCAGGCGGCCCUCACCAUCCUGUCCCAUCCAUAUGGGAUCAUACUUCUGAACUGUGAUGGCCACACCAUGACCCUGGACUGGAAUGUGCCCAAGUUCAGCGGUGGUUCAGCCAUCUUGGGUUAUUUCAUGGACAAGCACAAAGCUCACCACAAGAACUGGCAGCAGAGGAUCUUAACGAAUCCAGGCAAAGCAGCAGCCAAGUGA